UGUUUUAAUACCCUAGAGGUGCGGGGCUCUCUAGGCCUAUAUCAUGAACUGAGGGUGGAACCAGAUUCUCGAAGGUUCCAGGAAAGGAGGGACCUCUAGUAUUUAUCACUCGGCUUGGAGAGUGGCUAUCUUAGGUCCCUGAAGGGACAAGACCAACUUUCGGAGUCAGAAUAAGGUCUUUUGAAGUUUGCAGAGUCAUAUUGCCAACCCCUAGACAGGAGCAAGACUCGUACCCCACAACUGGGAUCAGGUAAAACCAUUGAAACUUGGCCAAGGUAAGGCCAACAAGAGGAGGGGCAUACGUAAAUCAUUCAAGUGGGUUGAGACCAAGGUAAGCCACGCUCCCAGGAAAUACAGGACGGGACAAUCAUAAGUAACUUUGCAUGGAGCAGGACCAGGAAUCACUUUGCUCAUAGUGAGGUAUGGUAUGUAAGACAACCACUGGUAUGGGGACUACACACUUUAAGGACCGUCGUGGGCGGAGCCAGGAUAUUGAACUCCUCCCCGCCCCCCGCGCGCCCCGACACACACAAAGGGCUGUGCACAUGUAAAUCGUAUGCUGUGGAGUAGUGUCCUGAGAAGGACAGGGCACAAGCAAAGUAUUUGAUUGGCAGCAGGCCCAGAUCUCUAAGCCCCACCCCCCACCUUAGGGGACGGAAAUAUAUGUGAAUCAGCUGGCAGGAGAGAGGAGGCCUUGCUCCUUUGAGGCCCUGAAAGCGACCGAGUACACAUAAAGCGUUUGCAUGCGUUGAGAACUGUCUCUUGCCAAAGCCCAGAAAGGGAGGAGCACAUGUAAAAUAGGUGGAUGGGAUGGAACUUAGCUCCUUUGAGUUCUUAAGAGGCUCUCGACCCACUAGUUAAUUGGCUGGUUGGGCGGGACUAGACUCGCUAAGGCCUCUGAGGAGCAGGGCUCACGAAGAUCAUUUUGGGCGGGGCAAGACCAGGUUCCCAGAGGCUCAGAAGCCAGCUACACGUAAAUAAGUUGGGCGGGGCCGGGAGACCAGAGCCGGUGGGACACUCCGAGGUCCCGCCUAGUCUCUUGGCUUCCCUCCGUGUGAGGCGGACGGAACUCCUGGUGUCACAGUUGGGGCUCAACGUUGUGGACUGAGGCUGCCCAGUGUGCUGCGGUACCAUGGAGGCAGCGGCCGAUUCCUCUGAGGCCCCCUCGGUCUGCCGCUUCUUCCUAGAGGGCCGCUGUCGCUUCGGCGCACGCUGCCGUCAGCCACACCCUGGGGCCCCAGGGCCAACUCCUGAGGUCGCGCAGCCAGAAGCUGGAUCCAAAAAGCCGGCGCUGCGUACUGCCGCUGACGUCAUCCAGCGCAUCCGUUGGGAUCCGCGACUGGACCCUGCCGAAUUUUCGGUGGGCUACACUGACCGCUUCCUGGGCGUGCAGGAAGAGCCCUUCUGCGCCUUCUGCUGGGACGAGCCGCUGGCAGCGCUCGGGCCCGGCGUACUGGCGGUGCCACAGCACCGCAUCCGCUACUUCCGCUUCCGCGGCCGCCUGGUGUGGGACCGUGCCUCGCGUACUGACCUCAUUUUUGGCUCGGGCUCUGUGGCUGGACGGGGACCCACCAUCCUGGACGAACUGGACGACGGGAACGAGCACUGGCCAGCGGUUGCACUAGAAAUCCCUGACACAGAGAAGACAGGUGCGACUUUCGAGGGUCAGGACACCCAGGAUGGCCCUAAGGAAGGGAGUGGAAACCCGGCAAGAACUAGGCUUGAUUCGGGCCUGGAGAUACCCGAAGACGGUGGGGCAACCAAAGAGAACAGAACUGGGCUUGAUUCGGGCCUGGAGAUAGCCGAAGACGGUGGGGCAACCAGAGAGACUGUCCUGAAUAGGACCACAGAGGCAGGAACACCAGACGCAAGCGGGUGCUUCACAGGAGUAAAGAUCUUGAACUCACUAGAGACACCUGGAGCCACUCUACUUCCACAGUCGGAGGCACAGGCCAUGGAAGCUCCAGGGCUUUCUGCUGAAGAGAUGGGAAGUGAGUGGACUCCAGGGGCUUGGCCUGUUGAAAGAAGGUCCCCUCGUCAGCCCCGGCCCACACAUUUUGUGGCACUGAUGGCGACAGAGCCUGGGCUUAGGGCAGAAGUGGUCAAGGCCCAAGAGCAUCUUGUCCGGAUUGCUCCUCCUUGUGCUGCUUUCCUGGUACCUGUACAGGCCCUGCACCUGACAGUGGCCUUGCUGAGGCUGACAGGCCCUGGGGAGGAGGCUGCAGCUACUGGGGCUCUGCGGAGGGCCCUCCUGAAACCAGGGCUUCAGGUACCCUCCCAGCUACAGUUCAAGGACUUAGUUCUUCUAGGUCAUCACGUGCUCUGUGCCAUGCCUUUCCCCACACUGGCAGGCAUGGCCCAAACUCUGAAUCAGAGGCUGGAGGCUGAAGGGCUGAGAGUGGUGCAGCCCCCAGGGGGCCUAGAGCCACACCUCACCCUGGCCAAGGUGCCACAGGGAUCCCAGGUUUGCAUCCCUGAGCUCGAGUUCAGUUUGAACCAGGAGCUAGGAAGACAGUCCUUAGGGAAAUUCUGGCUUUGCCGUAUGGGCAGAGCAGGACAUAGCUACUUGCCCCUGGCUGAGAUUUCCCUCAAAUGACCAACGUUCCAAACUUCAUAGAAAAAACAAGCCAAAUAGAAACAAUUUCUCUCUCUCUCUCUUUCUCUUUAAUUUUUGGUUUCAAGCUUCCAAAAUGUACUGUACUCAAUGCUCAAGGAGAAUGAAGGGAGGGGAGGGGAGAGGUGGGAAGGGGAGGUAGGGAGGCAUCUGGAAAAAAAGCAGCCUGACAGUCCAGCUGUUUGCAACCUCAUAGCACAUCCUCCAGUUACAUGGCAGAAGAGGAGGGAGGGGUGAAAAGAAAAGGGGAGAAAGAAGAAAAAUAACUUAAACACACACACAGAGGAAAGAGAAGGAAACAUGACGUGAGCUGGUGAUCCAUGAAGGCAGAGGGGAGGAAGGUAGGGAGGGUAACCAUUUUACCUGUGUUGAACCAGGGAGCAGGGAGGGAGAAGGAAGAGGAGGGA